UCAGUCUCUCACAGCCCGCGAAUAGCUGCGCAUCGCUGCGAUCGAGCGCCAAAGAAAACCGAGGAAAGCCGAGGAAAACGUAUUUCCCACUUGCCCAACCAUUUUUCCUGGCGCUGCUCGCACUCGCGACGGCCACAAAGUGCAGUAGUGUAUCUCAACGAAUUCCGACGAUUUUUUUUCCUGUUGCGGGGCCAAGUGCGAAACGAAAAGAAAAGUGCUAAUUGUGCAAUUGAUUGACACGACGAUCGAUCUGUUUUAUCGGUGGCAGUGCGAGGAUCAUUAGAUCAUUGGGAGUGCUCGCGUUUCAAACAUGAAAACAUGAAGCCUGCCGCGAAUUGAAAGGCAUAAAUAGAAGGCAGCAGCAAAAGGCAGAGCAGACGCAGAUCGCGCAGAUCGCAAACAACAAACGAGUGAAGAAGCGAAAAAAUGAUGCCGCCAAGACUGCCGGGCCAUGGCCAUGGAGCAGCAACGACCCCGUCAACGAGUAGGAGUAGCAGUGGCCACCACUUAACGAGAACGCCGGCGAACACAACGUUUCACAAGCGGCGACGGAGGCGACAACAGGCCCAGAUCAGCGGCAGUCACAUCAGCCUCAGUCCCGGCGGCUACCUGGCCCUGCUCUUGCUCUCCGCCACCUGCUCCCUGGUGGCCAGCAGCUCCUCCACCUCCACCUCCUCCGCAGACACAGCCAUUGCGCCGCCGGAUCCUCCUCCGGCCAGCCAGCCGGUGGCCACCAUCUCCUCCAGCUCGCCCUGCGCCCCGCAGCACUGGUGGGAUUCGCAGCGCGAUCGCUGCAUCCCGUGCACCCGCUGCCAGGGCGAGAUGAUACCGCUGCGGCCCUGCCAGCUGCACACGGACACCAUCUGCGGCUCCAUAUACGACCUGAAGAUCGACUGGGUCGUGCUGGCCAAGACCGAGCCCAACUGGAAGGAGCGCCGAAAGUCCUCGGAGUACGAGCACUUCGAGCACAAUGCCCCACUGCAGCAUCUGACCCACGAGCAACUGCAGCAGCUGCACGAGGAGGCGGCCGCCGCCUGGGUCCUGGACUGGCAGACCGGCGUCCUCUACGUGGCCGUGCUCACCUGCCUGGUCUUCUUCUCGGUGGCCGCCUGCAUCCUCAUCCACCACAUGCGCCAGUGGCGCCGCAUGGAGCGACGCCUGGAUCAGGAUGUGGAGGAGCUGUCGACCAAGCUGAUGGCCAAGCUGGCGGAGGUGCAGAGCCUGGACGGAGGCACCUUCUUCAUCGGCAACGCGGACGCCUUGCGGGGACUGCCCAACUCCGCAGCGGCGACGCAUGCAGCUGCGGCGCAGUCGGGAAUCUUCCAGCCGCAACACGUGCUGCUGCCUGAGAAACGCGGCAAGCACCACGAGCGUCGGAUCCUGAAGACCCUUCAGCCCGGAAAUGUCUACAUCGAGGAGAGCAACGCGGGGCUGGGCGGCAUGGGCGUGGGUCUGGGCAUGCGCCCCAAGGGCUGAGCGAACGGGAAGGGGAAAGGGGGAGAGGGGGGGGACAUACUUAAGGAGUGGCGACGGAGGAGCAAGGACGAAGCAUCAACGGAACCGGAACAGGAAACGGAACCGGAACCGGAACCGACAACGGAUGGAGGGAAGAACUUUGUACAAACGGCCGCUUAAAGGAAAAACGGAAGGGAACCGAAACUAUUAUUAUUUUUUAUAUUAUUAAUCUUAUUCUUAUUAUUACGAUUUUUUUUGUCCUAAUAUUUAAUUGAAUCGUUAUGUUGACUUGUUUGUAAUGCGCGGACAGAUGAGGACGCGGGCUUCCCGUUGUGGGGGAAUCCCGGGCGAUGCGGCAGAAUGUUUUGUACAUAGAGAUGAGGCAUGUGGCACCCACCCACAAAGUAUAUGAUUAACACGAUUAUGAUUAACAAAUUUCUACUUAAUGUAAAUAUUAAGGCGAUCGAACCCGCGAACCCAACCUAACGAAAACGGAAAGGAAUGGAACGAAACCAAGCAAUAUCGGCAACAUAUCAGCUACUAUAUAGACCGCAUAUAGACGCGCGUAUUGUUAACAUCACCCAUAUCCCCCAAACACUAUACACGUAUGUAUGUACACUUAACCAAGUAAAACAAAUAUCAAACGAGAGCAUUUUCCGGCUAGCUGCUACCGAGCUUAAUCGAAUUAACUGUAACAGUAAUGGUAAAGAUACAGAUACAACUACUUAUAAUAAUGAUAAUUAACGGAUAACUAUAUCGAUAGGGAGAAAUGUCUAUGUCCUAAGUGCUAUCAGUGUGCAAACAGCAAUAAAAAGUUCUAUGAUUAUACGAGAAA